UAUUAUUGAUGCCAUUAUUUUAGUUUUGCAUUACGAUGUAGAGAGAGAUAUUUCUCAUGUUUCUCACUGGGAAUUCAAAGACCCAUGUCAAUUCUUGCUUAUUGAUUGUUGGGCUUUUUCUGUAUUUGAUCAGGACGCAUUCAUUGAAUCAUCAUGAUCACGAGAUGAUGAGUGAUGAGGAGUGGGGUUUUGUGCAAAAGAGAGGAACACAGUUCGCAUUAGAUGGGCAACCAUUUUAUGUGAAUGGGUUCAAUACUUACUGGCUGAUGGAUUUCUCAGUUGAUGAAGAGACCAGGGGAAAGGUCAGGGAUGUUCUUCGUCAGGCCUCGGCGGUCGGUCUCAAUGUAUGCAGGACCUGGGCUUUCAAUGAUGCUGGGUAUCGAGCGCUUCAGAUAUCUCCGGGCGAAUAUGAUGAAGAAGUCUUCAAGGGGCUGGAUUUUGUAGUAAGCGAAGCAAAAAAGCAUAAAGUAAGGUUGAUACUAUCAUUGUGCAACAACUGGGAGGAAUAUGGAGGGAAAGCACAAUAUGUGAAAUGGGGGAAGGAGGCUGGACUGAAUCUAACCGGAGAAGAUGAUUUCUUCAAGGAUCCGACUAUCAAAGAAUACUAUAAAGCUCAUGUCAUGAUGGUGCUGACAAGGGUCAAUUCUCUUACAAAAAUGAUGUAUAAGGAUGAUCCGACAAUUUUAUCCUGGGAGUUGAUCAAUGAGCCUCGAUGUCCCUCAGAUCCUUCUGGUGAUAUGUUACAGUCUUGGAUAGAGGAAAUGGCAUCUUACGUCAAGUCCAUCGAUCCAAAUCACCUGCUAGAGAUCGGUGCUGAAGGUUUCUAUGGCCCUUCCACUCCUGAAAGGGUGCACCUUAACCCCAAGAGCUGCUUCAAUCAAUUUGGAACCGAUUUCAUCAGAAAUCAUCAAACUCCAGGCAUUGAUUUUGCUUCUGUGCACAUCUACACAGAUUCUUGGUUAUCAGACUCUAUCUCUGGCACACAUCUUGUAUUUGUGAAGAAUUGGAUGGAAGAGCACAUGGAUGAUGCCGAGAAGACGCUCAAUAUGCCAGUCGUGUUUGGAGAGUUUGGUGUAUCGUCGAAAGAUAAGAGGUUCGCUUCAAAGUUCCAAGAAGUAUUCAUGAAUACAGUCUACAACACCUUGUUAAAAUCUCGGAAGCAAGGCGGGAGUGGUGGAGGAUGCCUUUUUUGGCAGCUCUUCCCUGAAGGAACAGAUCACAUGGAUGAUGGGUAUGCUGUUGUUCUCUCCAAAUCACCUGCGACUUCGAGCAUGAUAUCUGUUCAUAAUGUAAAGGUGAAGAGUAAUGCGGGGAGUUCUAUUUCCCAUGAAGAACUCUAGUUAGAGUUCAAUGAGGAGAUGCAUGCAUUCAUCUCUUUUAUCGGUCUGUCGCGUAUCAUUGUCGUAUGAGUAUUAGUAUUCAUGUGAAGCUGUGGUAGAAACGGUAUAUAUAUAGAGUAUUCUCUUUCGUCAGUCUCGAUCCUCUGCAUAAUUCAGAUACAGUUCUAGAUCAACUUUACACUUUUGAGUAAUCUGAUUUAUUUACUACAAUAAUGUCUGAUUUGUAUAUCCUUUUAACUAGUUCUUGUGGUUAGCAACGUUUUUGUGUCUGAGAGAUGCACCUUCGUUGCGUUAAAUCCUCGUCAUUUCCAGCA